UCAAAACAGAAAAGAACCAACAACAACAACAAAAAAAGAAGAAAAGGGAACAGAAGAAGGCAAUCUGUCAGAAUGAACAAAGAUUCAUCAACCCUACUAUCUUUAUUAUUGAAGAUUUGAAGAAAUUGUGAUGAAAGUAUUAUCACUUUUAGUAUUGUGAAUACUAACAAUAAUGAUGAUAAUAAUAAUAACAAUGACAACAACAACAACAACAACAAGUCUACUCAUGUCUAUUCAGUAAUUGAAAAGUAAAUAAAAAUGUAAGUCAAUAACAAAAUCCUUAUGCUGAUAUAACAAAAAAGUCAUUGAAUAACAAUGAACUGAAUGUAUAUAUACGUGUAUCUAUGCUAAGUAUAUAGUCGUUAAGGCAAAGAAACUGAUUUAUUAUAUGAACAGAAUGAAUACUACUACUACUUCUACUAGUACUACUACUACUACUAAUCCGUUUAUAUGGAAUCAAUUAAUGCAUUACAUCAAAAAUCAUAAACAACAACAAACCAUCAAUAAUGAUCAGAUGGAUACAAGUAUACUUAAUCAUUCUUAUUAUCCAUCUAUGAAUUCAAUAGGAAUUAUAUCAAAAGAUUCAUUAUCAUCAAUUGAUUAUGAUUAUGUAAAUAAUAAAGAACAAAUGAAUACUGCAACUAUGAUGACAAUGAUUAUGAAUUCAGAGUUGAUGAUGUCAAUGUCUAAUACAAAACAAAAUACUAUGAAUAAUAAUAAUAAUCAACUAUUAACUUCACUUGCAUCAUCACCAAUCACAACGAAUACAACAUCUUCAUCAUUGUCACCAACGACUUCUGUUUAUCAUAAUCAUCAUCAUGAGUAUUAUCAUCAAAAAUCUCCAUCUUCUUCACCUAUUUCUCCUCUUCCAUCACUUCAUCAUCAACAUCGUCAUCAUCAUAAUCAUAGUCAUUUACAUGUUAAACGUCCAAUGAAUGCAUUUAUGGUAUGGUCACGUGGUCAACGACGUAAAAUGGCUCAAGCUAAUCCAAAAAUGCAUAAUUCUGAAAUAAGUAAACGAUUAGGUAUUGAAUGGAAAUUAUUAACAGAUAAUGAAAAACGUCCAUUUAUUGAUGAAGCUAAACGUUUAAGAGUAAAUCAUAUGAAAGCAUAUCCAGAUUAUAAAUAUAGACCAAGAAGAAAACUAAAACAUUCAAGAAAACAAGAAAACUUUACACAAUCACAAUCAUCACUACCACUACCACCACUACCACCACCUAUUCAAGAUAUUACUUAUCAACUUUAUGGUACAACUCAUGGAUUAUCACAUUAUUCUUUAUUAAAUGGAUCAUUAAUUAAUCAAUCUCUAUUACCUUCAUUUCCAAUAUGUGAUGAUCAAAAAACAAUUCAUUUAUUGAAUAAUUUAAGUAAUAUAUUCACGGAUCAAUAUAUUGAACAUACUACUGAUGGAUUGAACACAUUGAAAAGUAUAGAAAGUAACUCAUGUAUGACAAUUUCAAAACCUACUAAUGUAAUGAAUACAAAUCAUGGUAACUAUAGUUACAAUUGUGAACAACAACAAGAACACCACCACCACCAACAACAACAACAAGAACAUCACCACCACCAACGACGACAACAGCAAUUAUUAUUAAAUAAAACAAAUUCAUUAGAAUUAAAAAAACCAACAUUUAUGCUUUCACGUUUAUUAGAUAAAAUAAGUAAUAAUAUAGAGAAUAAUAAUUCAAUUAGAGAAGUGAUGACAACAUCCACAUCAACUAUGAAUAAUACAAUUGAUACAUCCAUUUAAUUCAUUGAAAAUAAAUAAACGUUGAAUGAAUAAUUCAUUGUUCAAUUAAACAGUGGAUAAAAAUUUUAUGAUGCAAUCUUAUAGACAUCAUUACUAAUUGCCUGUUGUAUGUUUUCUAUUUCAUGUUUUCAAUCCUCCUCUUCCUCCUCCUCCUCCUACUACUACUACUUCUUCAUCAUCCUCGUCAUCAUCAUCAUCAUCAUCUUGAUUAACAUUUUCAUCAGUAAAGCAAAGAUGAUCUACAAUUUCUUUUGUUGCUGAAAUCAAUCAUAUUUCUUUUUUAUAAUAACCUUUUUAAACAAAAAAAAUUGUUCAUUUAAAUGAUCAUUUCUGUUGAUACUACUUAUAUUACUUAUAUUGUUUACAAUAUAAUGCUAACUGAACAAUUCCAAUCAUCUAGUAGUAUAUGGUUGUAACGAGAAAAAGGUAACGGUAAUGUUAAUACAAUAAAUGCAUUGUUAUGAUUGUAUAUGCAGAUAUAUACGGAAGAAUAAAAAGAAAGCCAAAAUCC